AUGUCAGAAGUAGCGGAGCCAGACGUAAAGCGAGUAAAAUUAGCAGGAGAUGAAGAGGGUCAAGGUACAGCUGAAACCAGCAAAGAGGCUGAAAAGGUGGGGAGUGAUCUUCAGUUUUCCUACUUGUCACUUAGUUGCAAAACCAAGAGUAAAGUCAAAACAUGUGUGCCUCUUUCUUUACCACAUGCACACAGUCACCUCAUCAUUAUGGCCCCAUGAUUUGUCCUAGCAAAUUGCCCAUACAUUUUAUUUUAAGGAAAAUGUCCUCCCUCUGAAAUCCAAAGGUUUAUUUUGUUGUACAGCAGCCAAAGCAAUAAGAACAAAACUGCUUUCAGUGCUUUCCAAAGGGCAGACAAGUAAUUAACAUUUUAAUGAUACUAAAUCUUGAUAAAAAGUUACAACUUUCUUUCUAAGUUCCUCAAAGUGGUAUCUUAAAUAAGAAAAGAAAGUCGCCAUGAAAAUAAGACCCUAGCCUUGGCUUUUCCUGAUCACGUACGGCACUACAUUCAGACCGAAUUGUCUUUCGGAGCGAUCGCCGGUCCUUUCUCGACAAACCCGCUACGUAAGCCGCUAGUUUGUUCUCCACUUCAAACGGUUCCAAAAAGUGGUUCUUCCAAACGUCGAGUGGUCUUGGACUGGAGUUUUCCACCAACAUUUUCUGUCAAUAGUGGCAUUCCAUCGAACUCCUACCAGGAUUCUCCAUUCAAACUCCGACUACCGGGCAUCGACCGUUUGUGCGAACUCAUUUUGGCUAAAGGCCAGGGUUGUUGCGUUUACAAAAUAGACCUUCAACGCGCUUAUCGCCAGUUUUCGAUCGACCCUAAGGACCAUUAUCUGUUGGGCUUCACAUUUGACAAUCAUAUUUAUUUUAUAACAUAGCUAGAUAAUUCGCGAAAUCAAAGCGUGCUUCAUAUUCCUAUUGAGCACGCUGAUGACGUUAAUAAACUAUUCGUAACUCCUCGAGUUGUUGUGAGCUUAGCAAUCCCGAGUCUCCUGAGUGCAUCCAUAACUCAGCAAUACACAAUGAAGCGUUUACCAUGUGUUUUAUAAGGAAAUUUAAGAGGAAACGUUUGAAUUUGUUAACCGAUAGUAAGGAAAACAGGUGAGUGUUGUUCAGUUGUUGUUGUCAUCUCCGCGAGCUGUACGGGCUAUGGCGUGAGAUCAUUCAGUUUCAAAGUUGUUUUCUCUCAAUAACAAUUUUUCGGUAAAUUAAUAGUUUUCCGGCACCUAAAUACGGAUUUUACAUUCAUUUUAGAGUACACUUUCUCUCAGUUUCAGGAUAAAAACAUAAGAAAAUAUAGGCACGUAAACAUUGACGCGUACUGCUUUGAGCGCGCUCUACAAUAAUAAAAUUUUAAGUUAACUGCUGCAUUGAUCGCUUUCAUGUUAUAAAACAAUUAGUUCAUGCUUCAGCAGUGCGUAUGUCGAGAUAUUGAGCACGCGGGAAGUUUGGCGAGCACUCAAAAGGCCAGAGUUGCUCUCGGCUGCGCCUCGAGCUACUCUUACGCCUCUUUCGUGCUCUCCAAACUAACCGCGUGCUCAAUAUCUCGGCAUACGCACGCUGACGCAUGAAUUGUUAAUUGACUCGCGGUGUCCUUUUGGUUUACGGACCUCGGCCAUGAUCUGUCAAGGAACAACUAAAGCCGUCAUAUAUAUUUUCACGCAAGCCGGCUUUUCCGCCGAUGUUUACCCCCGGUGGGGGUACUCCCAUACGUUACCUAUACGGUAUGUGCCGCCCGACGUAGCCUGUUCCAGGCGUUCAGAUAGUAGAGCGCGGCAGUAACGGGGGAGCGAGUUAAGUUGUACACCGGGAAAACGGGGGGGGGGACGGGGGGGGCUAGUCUCCCUUCUUUUUUUUUUCUUCGUGAAUUUUUCUCCCGCGCACUACUAUCUGAACGCCUGGAACAGGCUACGCCCAACGGGGUCGUGAUUUUGAAGCUCCUGAUUUAGAACGGGUUAUCCAUUUCAGAGGCGUUUCCUAGAACGGGGUAUAAUAUUUCGAACGCACGAAAGCUCCAGUUUUGUAAGCAGCCACUUGAAAUUAUUCAAGAACAGAUUGCUUUUAAAAAUACGGUUCAAUGCGUUAACAAACAAACUGUUAUACUCUUGUUGCACCCCAGAAUGGAGUAUAAAAAAUUGGCCCAUUUCUAGAACGGGGUAUCAGUUUUAGGGCGAAUUCUAGAACGGGAUAUAAAAAAUUGGUCCAUUUCUAGAACGGGGUAUCAAUUUUAAGGGAAUUUUUUUUAGAACGGGGUGUCAAUUUGGAGUCCAGGGCGGCACAUACCCACCCAAAAAAUACCCAAGUGCCCUCCCGGGUGUUUACCUAGACGAUUUUUACGGCGCUGAAUGUCCGUCGCUGGCUGACAAUGCCUUUGCUACGCUGCAAUUUAUUUUCGAUACCCUAGGCUUAGCCUCUUCGCCUGAAAAAGAUUCACCGCCGGCCUUUGUGAUGGUUUCCUUGGGUAACCUCGUCAAUUCCAAGGAUUUUACAUUACGUGUUCCAGAGUCGCGGCUUCGUGAAUUAUCCGAUGAGUUACAUUUGUGGUUGUCACGCGAGCGCUUUACCGUCAAAGAACUGCAGUCUUUGCUCGGUAAACUUUCUUUCGUGUCUGCUUGCGUCCGCGCUAGUCGGAUUUUUCUAUCUCGCCUCUUGAACACUUUGCGUAGUUUCCCUUCCAACGCUAAAUCUCAUGAAAUCUCAACUAGUCACGUUGGAAAUGCGUCACGACUUGGCUUGGUGGCAAACUUUUCUUCGCCUUUACAAUGGUGUUUCGGUUAUCAAGCUUCAAGCCAGCCGACUGGUCCUUUGCUAAUUUUCGUUUCACCACGGAUGCUUGUCUGACUCGCGGCGGAACCACGUGCCUCGACAAAUGCCUUACAUUCCCUUUCCCGGAUUUUGUCCACCACGCCGCGUCUCACAUCUCUGCUCUGGAACUCUUCACUGUUAUUGUCUCGGUUAAGCUCUGGGCCACAGCAUUGCGACAUCAGCGAUUUCUCGUCUCCUGCGACAACGAGGCGGCAGUUACUGUGAUCAAUUCGGGCUCCACCAAGGAUCCUUUCAUGCAGCGCUGUUUGCGCCAGUUGUGGUUCACUUCAGGGCUUCAUGAUGUUGCCCUCCGCGUCCGGCAUAUUCCCGGCGAGCAUAACACAUUAGCCGAUGCCUUGAGUCGUUGGGAUGCCCAUCACGUAUCGCCAUUUUUGCCAGUUUCUUUCGCGGGUCAUUCAAGCGAUCGGCUUAGUUCCGGCCCAUUACUCUCCCCAUAGUUUUCGUCGUGGCGGCGCGAGUUUCGCCUUUCGGUGUAAUGUUCCGGCGGAACUUAUUUAGCGGCAAGGUGAUUGGCAAAGUGACGCCUAUCUAGUUUAUCUCAGAAUGUCCUCAGCUCAAAAGAGACAAGCAGUAAAUUCCAUGGCCGCCCAGAUUUUUCUUUUAUCUCGAAGUUCUCACUAGCAUGUCUUUUUUCUAUAGCUAUAUCUAUAUACCCAAAUAUAUUAUCUUUGUCGCUCUAUAAUUAAUAUCUCUUUUUUCUCUCAUUCACGUCUCUUCGGUUUGGGCCUUUUUUUUUCGUUUGGCGAGUCUAUUGAUUCAGUCACGACCUUUCGCGUUAGUCAGUGUAUAGCGGUCGAUUCUGACUCCAUGAAUUGUUGGCCCAAACCUCUUCUCGUGUGGUUAUUGAGAGUGCGUGAUUUUUUUGCAUUUUGUUUUACCAAGUUUAUGUUUAUGCACACUCAUAUCUACCAGGCACCCAAAGAAAUCUUACUGCAUGAACUGGAAAGACUACAGAAAGUGUUGUCAAACAACUUGCUUGAAGCUAAAGAACACGUAAGAAACUCUGUUGAAGAUUUCAUGGAAGACAAAGUACGCAAAUUGGGCCCAAUGAUAGGUCACUACUUCUCUACAUUCCAAUCAUUGAAUGUCAUGACAAGAAAUGAUAUGGACCGGGCAGUUAAAAAAAUGUAUUGUUUCAAAAGUGUCCGAGAUGCAGAAGAGGAGCUGUUUCAAGCGGAGCAAGACUGGGACUCUUUCUUGAAAGAAGUAGAACAUACGUUUGAUUCUUUGUGUGGUUCAGUGAAUGAUAAAGAGCUUGGCUCAUAUGGACCGUGUGAACUUAAGUUAACUGAUGUUUCUACAGAAAGGUUAGUGUAGUAGGAGAUAUGGUGGCAUGCAUGAAGCCUGUGGGCUUUCCCUAGGGGCAGAUCUAGGAGGGGUCAAACUUGUGCAAAGUGUUGAAACUGUUUUAUUGCCAAUCUGAUUUCCACAAUGUAGACCCUAAAAGUUAAUCAUUCAUUGGUAGUAAAUGUUGAAGUUCAAAGAAUUUCUAAAGAGUUGUUAACGACAUCUGUGGGUAGCCUUGCCCAAGCCAGCCCAUCUGAUAGGUUGCGAUAAAAAAUCAGAAAUUGUGCAAUAAGAUAGCACUAUUACGCAAUAAAUUAUGCAGUUUUUUCAGGGCUAAUUAACAUUGUUUUACCAGGUUUCAAAGGAGAAAAAUCACUUUAAUGUUGUUUAACAGGCAAUUUGAAUGUUAAAUAAUAAUAAAACAUCUAUUUUAAAACAAAUCAGUUAAAUUUGUCCAAUUAUCUUACCCGGAAAAGAAAACAAAAUUUGUUUUUCCGGAUAGAAAAAAAGAAAAAGGACACCUGUUUAACAUUACAUGAUGCCGUUACACUGCUGACCACACUGCAUGUCUCUGAAAUCAAAAUGGCUGGCCAGAUACUGCGAUCGAAGGUUUCAGAUGUCUUGCAAGGCUUUUUUUAGUGCUAAAUCGCCUUAAGUAACAUAAAGAUUGGAAAAAUAUUUGAUUAAAGUUAGAAUUUAUUGUUGGCUUUACUUGAAUUUAGCAUUUUUUUUAUGAAUUAUGAGAUUUUCCUCAAAUUGUACAAUUAGAUGCAAUUUGAGGUGAAUUGUGCAAAGUCGCACCAUUGCGUAAUAUAAGAUGGCCUAAAAAGCAUCUUAGACCUGUUGGAAAAUAGGAACUUAAAGCAAAUCGCUAUGGCAACCUCUACUACAGUGGCUGGAAGUAAAAGUGCCCAAAAAUGACACACUGCGCCUGCUUAGAAAUGACCGUUCGCCAUAGCGCCAAAUCCUACAACGUGAAGAUCUGUCUAAUUGUGGCGUACUCGCUAUAUAGUGCAUGAGUAUAAAAGGUAACUUUUCUCCUUUUUCCACAAUCACCGGUUUCAAAACGUUUCAUAGAUUGUUUUUCACUUUAUCAAGAAAGCAUUUGAUUCUUCUGGUUUUCCAGUAGCUAUGUCUUCCCUGUGUUUUACUAACGGUGAAAGCAAAUGAUCGAGAAACCCCGUAGUCUCUGUUUUUGGUGCCAGUUGCUUUAAGUUGAAAUUUGGCAGGCUACAGACUGAUGUACCCUCCCCAGGGCUACGCAUCCACGACUGCCGUAGUAGAGAUCGCUGUAUUGAUUUACUUAAAAGUCCCUAAAAUCUCUUCUCGGGGGAGCUCCAGAUUCCCAGAAGCAGUUUUUUUUUUUGCAAGAAUUUUGCAAGAACUUUAAGGGCAAGUGGUGUUAAAAUUUAAUCACUUUCAACUGAAGAACAUCACUUCCAAUCAGAAUAUAUUAUUUCCUAAUGCUGCGUUAGACUUAAUUAAUCACAGUGGUUUUCAGUUUGAAUUUCUCCGAUAAGUGCUGCAUCGAGGCUACAGUGCUUCUUAACUCUUUUGUCCCAAAUGUGGCCAUUAUUUGAGGGCAGUGCUUAAUCAGGGGCAGGCUUAUUCCAGUAAAUUGGGUUGUGUAUUAUAAAAACCUUUCACAGUUUUCUUGAGCUCUCUGUGAUGUCAAUCAUGCAAUUUUUUCUAUCAUUAAGUUGAUGAUUGCCAUCAGUCAUCAACUUUAUACUAAUAUGGAAAAUCUUCGAAAUGUGGUUGGUGUUAGGUGGUUAUGAAAAAUUAGAAAUGAAUAAUAAGUGAUUUUCUCUUCAAGGCAAUUCUCCAUUCAAGACUUGCUAACCUCAGCAUCCACUGUCUUGGUACUUCUGCGUCAUUUUGCAUGACUGCCAUGACGUGACCAUGUGGCCCAAGUGGAAGCAUGCAAGGCAGAAUUUGAGGCCCAUAACGGACAAGUUGUUGUCGUCAGCUUUGGAAACGUGGUAAGCAUCAAAUUAGCCCAGGUAUAUUGUCCUGAGGGUGUCCAUAGACAGCAGGUUGAACAGGGGCGGAUCUAGGUGGAGGGUGCAGGGGGUGUCCCUCCACUCCCCCCGAGAUGACCUGCGGCUUUCUAGUACAACUGGUAUUCUGUACUAGAAUUUGUUUACGUCACCAGUCAGUUACGCCAUUCUUUAGUGGUGUACCCCGCCUACGAAAAAUCCUGGAUCCGCCCCUUUUCAACAUUAAUAUAUAGAUUUAGCCAGAGCUAAAAGCGAAGCUCUCGUAAAUAUCUUUAGUUUACUGAAACAAAAUAUUAAAUCGUGUAAUGCUAAGCGGCAACGGCAACAAAAACAGCCAAAAAAGCAGUAGGUCUAAUUAGCAAAAAACAUCUUUGUACGUGCAGCACACCUUUUUUGUACAUUUUUGCACAGCGACAACGUUAAACUUCCAGAAACUUCCGAGUUAACACGUUUUGUGUAGGAAAUUUUGUAUGUGGUCCUGUUCACUUUUUUUUCAAUGCAGCUUAUUUUUACCUUUGUGGCCUCUAGCAUUUCUCAUUUUCUCACCCCCGGUAUAAAAUUUUCAUGUUAUUCUUCAAACGAAAUUGGUUGCUCUUUCUCUAUUAUCCAGGCCAAUGUAGACAUUAAAAUUAAGUCGAAAGAAAGAAUCGGCUUUGUUGUUGUUGUGUUUUAUCUCUAAAAGUCCUGGUGGCUAUGCGAUGUACCGCUUAAACCCACUUAAAUUUCACUCCGGCUUACAUGAAGAGGUGGACGCACGUACGGACGUACUCCAUAUGGACGAUUUUCUCAGAACCAAAAUUUCUCGGAUGCAAAGAUUACCAAAUUUUUCUUACCCAUGGUGCUCCGCUGCGCGCGCUUGGCUCGCGAGAACUCCGCUAUCAUUUUAUUUUAUUUUCAGGCUGGAGCUAGGAGGUGGCUAAAGGACACAAACUGCAAACUGAGAAUGUUUGUUGAUCCAGAACGACAUCUUUACAGCGCCCUUGGUCUAAGGCGAUCAUUGACAAAUGCUUGGAGUAUAUCUAAACUUGUUUUCUAUGCGGAGCUGAAACGAGCUGGGAGGAGGAUGUUUGAGGAGGAUGAUCCUAAUCAGAUUGGAGGAGAUUUUAUUUUGGAUGAGCAGGGAAGAUUGGCAUUAAUUCAUCGCAGUAAAACUCCAACUGACAAACCUUCAGUUGAAGAACUCUUGAGUUGUGUCAAGGACCUAAAUAGAGCAAAAGCAAACUCGUAAUGAUGUUAAGAGAAGAAUUUAACGAAAGUAUUGUAAUUCAAUUUUUUCUUAGUUAAACCCUAUUUCCAUUGUUUACACUAGAUGCCAUACAUUGCCAACUGAAAAAAGCCGAUGACGGCCUUGGCAAGACGGGUAAUCAAAACCUCAGUUUUUCAAUCUCUUUAGGGUUGUAAUUUGACUUGAUCAACUCAGUUGAUAAAACCAUUUUUUUUCUUUCACUGCCCCAUCGAUACAACACCACAGUUUCUUGAGAAAGUAACUCCUGUGUACGUAUGUGUAACCAGCCGAUUCGUCCAAUGGCGAUUUGUCCGCAAUAGAAGAGAGAUUCAGAGUCACAUUCAUGGCAAACGGCAAACGUGAAUGUGCACCACGUGACCAAGUUUCCCCUUUACUUGUGCUUUACUGUUCAUUACUUCUACCCCAAAAUUAGUAGUUUCACGUUAUUUUUGUC